CAAGGGCUUUACAGUCAGGUACUCUGAGCCUUAUUGUUAAUCUAACUAUUGUGAAAGUACACAGUAUUUAUUCUGAACGGCUCUCGCGGACGCUGGCGACGUGUUGCGUGUCGCUCCUCGCAGACUCGACUCGCCGCGCCGCGCGUGUUUAUGCGUAACUGCUCUCGAGAGAGAGAGUUUGCGGGACUCGCACGAAAUAAUAACUGUCUCGGUCAGCGAGUGGUGCGCGUCGGCUGCUUUGCACUGACGACCUUUUAUUACAGCGUGCGGGGCCGCCUAUACCUGUACCUGUACCUGUAGCGGUACCUGUAGUCGCAGCGCAGCGCAUGCGUUCACAGGAGCGCAGCCGGACCUGCAGUUCUCGGCGCGGCCGCUAGGGGGCGGGGUCGGAGCCGGAGCCGGAACAGGAACAGGAACUCGUGUCGUGUCGGUCCCGCCGCUGAGCCGAGUCGAGCCGAGAGGAGCGGAGCGAACGAAGCUCUUCAUGGAGGAUGAAAAGACACAGUAAAGAUGGCAGCCGCUCCCCACGAUGCCGCAGCCCAGGGUGAAGCUGGUGGUCACAGGAGAUGAUUUCGGGUACUGCCCGAGGAGGAACCGGGGCAUCGUGGACUGCUUUGUGGCCGGCGCUCUGUCCAACGUCUCGCUGCUGGUGAACGGCAGCGCGGCGGAACACGCGGCAGACCUGGCUCGACGACACCAAAUUCCCGCUGGCCUCCAUGCAAACCUCUCCGAAGGCCUCCCGGUUUGCCAGAAGCUCAGGAGACGCUCGACACUGGUCAACGAAGACGGGUUUUUCCUCGGGAAGAUGGGAUUCCGCAAGGCGCUGCGGAGCGGACGCUUGAGCGCGGCGGAGGUGGAGCUGGAGCUCCGGGCCCAGGUGGAACAGUUUUCCGAGCUGACGGGUCACCUGCCGCAGCACAUGGAUGGACACCAGCACGUCCACGUACUGCCAGAGGUGAGAGACGUGUUCGCGAGGGUCCUCUCGGAUUACGGAAUCCCGUUUACGCGCGUGCCUGUGGAGCCGGGGCUCCGGACCUGCCCCUGGCUCACCCCCCCUCUUCAGGAGUUCUACAUGCAGGUGGAGGAGGAUGCGUGGGGCUCCGUGGGGGUCUUCCGCAAGCAUGGCAUCAGGUGGCCCUCUGUGUACCUGGGCUUGACAACGAUGGGAAAGAACAUGUCCUUGAGCAGCAUCAAGAGGGCCAUCGACAAUGCCCUGGAAGCCUCGUGCCCCGGGAGCUGCGGUGUCUUACCCCAGUGCGACACGCCGUGGGGCCCGGGAGCCGGGACUAGGGACUGUCCCAUCACCGUCGAGCUGAUGGUGCACCCUGGCUACCCCAGCGACCCCCAGCAAGGAGGCUGUGGCGAGGGGCCAGACAGCUUCUCACAGUCACUAGACCGCCAGCACGAGCUGGACACCCUCAUGGACCCCAAGUUGCUGAAUUUCUACAGACAGGAGCAGAUCCAGCUGUGUGCUUUCAAAGACCUGUAGACGUGCAACAAGGGACAGUUGCACAAGCGCCACGACUGCACAGUACGGCAUCCUGGUCACAUGCGCUGUUACGUCACGCGGUUUUAUAUUAAGGAAGAAGUUAUGUUGUCAACUUGACACUGAAAAGGUUUUUUGGAAUUCCAGAUUAACAACAACGGGGCGAGGCGUCAUGGUGACGGACAGAAGGAUGUGGAACCUUAACUGCCAUUUGAAACCCCACUGCCACAGAGCUGUCUCAGCUCGUCACGGUAACGGCGAGUAGAGCCGUUGUCUCACAGCACCUGGGUGGUGCGAGAGGAUGUGGGUUUGAUUCCCACCCAGUCUGUGUGGAGUGUGCAUGUUCUCCCCAUGUUUGCGUGGGUUUCCUCCCACGGUCCGAAAUAUCAAACCUCCAUUAGUAGAUCUAAUUCUUCCUUCACAUUUAAGGAAAUUCUGCAUUCUGCAAGGAGAUGUUCCUUUUUCUCAUAUUUUACACAUACCCACUAGGCCUGCACCUCCCUCCUCUCACUGGACCCCCUGGUUCUGACUGAAACUUGGAUCAUCCUGGAAAAUACAGCCACACCUGCAGCCCUUUCAGCCAACUGCUGUACUUCCUCUCCCGCACCCCUCGAACCUCUGGCAGAUGUGGAGGCACACAGCUUCUCAUCUCACCCCAGCAUCAAUAUUCUGCACACAGUAUUCUAUCGCCGUCCCUAACCCACAGUGUGGUAUGGUGGCACAGCGUCUGCGUGGUGUGAGAGAACGUGGGUUUGAUUCCUACUCAGUCGGUUUGGAGUUUCCAGGUUCUGUCUGUGCGGGGUUCCUCCACGUGCUCUGGUUUCCUCCCACAGUCCAGACAUGCUGUGCAGGUUCACCCAUGUCGUGU